CAGUGCUUCAAGAAACAGAUGUGCUUCUAGAAAAACCAAACAAUGAGAGAAUGCAAAGCUCGGAGCUUUGACAGUAUUGCAUUGAUGAUGCUUUGGAAUGAGACGAAUAUGUUUUAAACUUACUUUAUAUUGACUUUAUUGAGUCAUUUUCGUUAUUUUGUGUCAUAUAAGUAGAUUUUAAAUAAGUGAAAAAUGUGUUCCUUGUUCUUCUUAGUGAUUUUAAGUGCCAUUUUAGCCUGUGAUUGUUUGACUAAGGAUGAUGUUUUGGUAUAUACGGUAGCUACCGAAGAGACAGAUGGAUACCUACGAUACAUGGAUUCUGCCAAGGAGUUCGGCAUCAAGCCAAACAUCCUUGGUUUCGGUCAGGAAUGGAAGGGAGGAAAAGAAAUAAGGACCAAACCUGGUGGAGGAUGGAAGAUCAACCUCCUUAAGGAGGCUCUGCAAAAGCAUAAGGAUGAAUCCGACAAAGUUGUCCUCUUCACGGAUGCGUAUGACGUCAUUUUCUCCAACAACUUGGAUGAAAUCCUGAAGAACUUCAAAGCAACAGGAGCAAAAGUACUAUUUGGAGCAGAACCAUUCUGUUGGCCUAACCCAGAAUUGGCUCCAAUGUAUCCCGAAGUGAAGGAUGGGAAGAGGUUCCUCAACUCUGGAUUAUAUAUGGGUUAUGUUCCUGAGUUACUGAAGUUGCUGUACAGAAAAUCAAUCGGGGAUGACGAAGAUGACCAGCUGUACUUCACGGAAGCUUAUUUGGACGAAACGUUUAGAGAAAGCAUCAAGAUGAAGCUGGAUCACACUAGUACACUGUUUCAAAAUUUGAAUGGAGCUACAUCCGAAAUCGAAAUCUACGUAAACGAAAGCAAAGAUAAGAAGAUUCCAGAAAAGUACGUAGUGAAAAACUACUUCACCCACACCGAACCGAUGGUGAUCCAUGGGAACGGUUUCUCCAAACUGACUCUCAACUAUCUCGGCAAUUACGUGCCGAACAUGUGGAACUCACUCGAAGGUUGCAUCAAAUGUAAGGAGAGGACCCUGAACCUGGCCAACCAGCCUGUGAAGGCUAUGCCUUUGGUAUACAUGGCCAUUUUCAUUGAGGUUAACACGCCAUUCUUGGAGGAAGGAUUGCAGAAGGUCUAUAAUCUGGAUUAUCCUAAGGAGAGGAUGCAUCUAUUCAUACACAACGCUGCCAAGUAUCAUACGAGCCUUGUGAAGAACUUCACUGAAAAAUAUGCAAGCGAGUAUUUGUCCUUCAAACAAAUCUUAGCAGAAGAUGGCACGCCAGAAUGGACUGCUAGAGACUUGUCACUUGACCAAAGUACUGCAAAGAACGUGGACUGGUACUUCUCUCUGGACUCUAUUGUACAUUUGGACAACCCACAAACGUUGCGCCUGCUGAUAGAACAGAACAGAUCUGUGGUAGCUCCACUCCUGGUACGAUCUGGAAAAGCCUGGAGCAACUUCUGGGGAGCUCUCACUAAGGAUGGAUUCUAUGCUAGAUCUAAAGACUACCUGGAAAUUGUCUACAACAAGAAACGUGGCCUCUGGAACGUCCCAUUCAUAACCAACGCGUACCUAGUCCGCGCCUCCAUCAUCAAACGGUACGACCGCAGCAUCCUGACCUACAACAAACCGGACACCGACCCGGACAUGGCCUUCUGCCGCACUUUCAGGGAACUGAACAUCUUCUUGUAUGUGUCCAACAGGGUGGACUUUGGGCACCUCAUCAACGCGGAUAACUUCGAUGUGACCUUGGCCGAGCCGGAGAUGUACCAGAUAUUCGAUAAUGAGAUGGAUUGGGAGGCGAGGUAUAUCCAUGAGGAUUAUCAGAAUAAUUUUGCACCUGGAAGGGUUGACAAACAGCCGUGUCCCGACGUCUACUGGUUCCCUAUCGUAUCACUCCGAUUCUGCAACUCCCUAAUAAGCAUGAUGGAGAGCUACGGCAAAUGGUCCGCCGGCACGAGCUACGAUGAGCGAUUGGAGGGUGGAUACGAAGCAGUACCAACUAGGGACAUUCACAUGAAUCAAGUAGGCUGGGAGCCACACUGGUUGAAGUUCCUGCAGAAGUACGUCAGGCCAUUGCAGGAAAAAGUUUUCUUAGGUUAUAUCCAUAAUCCUCCAAGAGCUCUCAUGAACUUCGUAGUAAGAUACAGGCCAGAUGAACAACCAUUCCUGAAGCCACAUCAUGACAGUUCCACGUAUACGAUCAACAUAGCACUGAAUCAGGUUGGUGUUGAUUAUGAGGGAGGAGGUUGCAAAUUCAUCCGAUACAACUGCAGCGUUGUUGACACUGUGCCAGGCUGGAUUCUGAUGCAUCCUGGAAGACUAACACAUUGGCAUGAGGGACUAUAUGUUACAAAAGGAACUAGAUAUAUCAUGAUUGCCUUUGUUGACCCAUAAACAGACGCCUUAACUUGUGACUUUAUAGAGAUGUGAAACACUUAACCAUAUCGAGCCAACGGAGGCUAUAGCGUUCAAAUGACUUUUGCUUCUUUAUCUCAAUAAUGUAUCUGUAUUCAUCCAUAUUUUUUUUCUUUAUCAAUAGCUCUAAGCAUCGAUAGAAUAGGUAUGUGAGGCAAAGGUAACUUGAGCACUAUAGUUGACGCAGAGCUUUAGAAUGUUGGACUGACAGUAAGUAUAAUGCAUUGGAUGGUCUCAUUUCUAUUCAAAUUGAAACUCAUUGAUGACCACGGCAGACCGGAAAUUUUUUAUUGUGCGUCCAUAAUUGAGGUAAGCCGGUCUCAACGUGUACGAGAGAGAGAAGCGCGCAAGACGUAUGCUGGAAAUAGUGCAUCAUACAAGUUUAUCACUAUCUUGCUCGUACUCUUGCAAUGCGGGACCGCCGUGAGGUGUAGAGAUCCUAUUUAAAUCGUCGGUAAGGUAAAGAUGAAAAUCGCAAAAAGCCGAAGAAAAUCUUUGAGAGAAUGUCUAUGGUUCUCUAUUGGAGAAUCUCAGGUCCUACGUCUAGCAAAAUAAAGAUCCUCAGUAAUUGAGAAAAUGUAUCUUCAGUAAACUAAGUGUUUCCUUCUUGUAAUAUUGGGUGCAAUAGCAGCGAUACUGCCAACGUAUUAUAAUUUUUUUUAACUACUAUCUACUGGCUAACCUAAAAACCGUAUUUGAGUUUCUUAUGUGUUAUGGAAUUUAACAUUUGUGUUUGUAAUUGAACUUUUUAUGUAUAAAUGAUCUACUAGUAUCGAAAAACUGUAAAAAUGUACAGUGUUCUUAUACAUAACGAUACUAUUGUGUCACGAAUCUAAGAUGUAAGUCUGACGGAUUUGAUGUUAAGGUUUAGACUUUUAACUUUUAAACGAGCAAAGUAUUCAUAGACUUUUAUAUGUAAUGUUGUAAAAUAAUAAAGCUUUAUUAUAUAAAAUCUACUGUUUUGUUUUGCCUGAUCAAGAAUCCUACGCACGCUUGAAAAUUGCACAUUAAAUGGUUAGGUAGCUUUGAAUGCGCUUCUCAAUGCACUAAUCUUCCAGCAUACAGCCGAUGGCCUUUUUAAAUUUUAGUUUAUGCUUUUACUACCAGGUUAUAACCAUGAUCCUCCUAGAACUUCAGGCGGAAACUUCGUAGUAAGAUACAGGCCAGACGACCAACCAUUCCUGAAGCCGCAUCAUGAUAGCUCUACGUAUACGAUCAACAUAGCAUUGAACCAGGUUGGUGUUGAUUAUGAGGGAGGAGGUUGCAGAUUCAUCCGAUACAACUGCAGUGUUGUUGACACUGUACCAGGCUGGGUCAUAAUGCAUCCUGGACAGCUGACACAUUGGCAUGAAGGACUGUAUGUCACAAAGGGAGCUAGAUACAUCAUGAUUUCCUUUGUUGACCCAUAAACUAGAAAUCUUACUUGUGAUUUGGGAAUGAUCUAAAGCACGUAACCAUAUCGAGCUAAACUAAGCGUAUAUGUUUGAGCCAUUACGCAUAUUAUCGAUACCUUCUGUCAAAACCAUGUCUUGUAUACAAUACAAUUAUUGUUUAUCAAAUAAGAUAGGCAAUCAUUUCUAAAAAAAGGUGGAAUCUUAUUUGUAAAAAACAAAAGGUCAAAAAAGGAAUGUUUGCUAAAAAAUGGGUAAUGGACUUGAAAAUAUUGAUGUUGUUUAACUUGCAAUUUUAGCACUGGCGGACUUUUGAAUCAGACUGCUACCAAACCAAAUAUUCAAUAAACAAGAAUCGGUAUUUUCAAUGUACCAAAAAAAUGUUUCCUCCCUGCAUUACUGGAUGCAAUAGCAGCGAUAAAACUGUUGAUAUGGACUACGAAUUUUUAAAAAUCGUGCGAGAUUCUAUUUGAUACCGUUAAGUAGAAACUGAGAAAGUGUACCGCGUUCUUAUACAUACUAUUGUGUCACGAAUGUAGGAUGUUAAUUUUCAGAUUUUUAACUCAAAACGGUACAAAGUAUUAAUAGACUUUUAAAUGUAAUGUUGUAAAAUAAUAAAGCUUUAUUCUACGAAAAUGGUUAUUUUAUUUAUCGUGGGCGAACAUUUCGAGAAGAUACAUAAAAUUAUACUAGGAACUGCUCAACAACAUUGCGACGGUUUCAGACAAAUAUUGUCCUAGUUUACCGAAUUACGUAAUUCGUAGUCUCUUUUUACAUAUGAGU